AUGGGCCCCUGUACCGCCUCCUCAUGCUGCUGCCAGGCCCGUAAUCUGCCAUGGGCCCCCGUACCGACUCCUCAUGCUGCUGCCAGGCCCGUAAUCUGUCAUGGGCCCCUGUACCGCCUCCUCAUGCUGCUGCCAGGUCCAGAGUGUGUCAUGGGUCCCUGUACGGCCUCCCAUUGCUGCAGCCAGGCCCAUAAUCUGCCAUUGGCCCCCAUACCGACUCCUCAUGCUGCUGCCAGGCCCGUAAUCUGUCAUGGGCCCCUGUACCGCCUCCUCAUGCUGCUGCCAGGUCCAGAGUGUGUCAUGGGUCCCUGUACGGCUUCCCAUUGCUGCUGCCAGGCCCGUAAUCUGCCAUGGGCCCCCGUACCGACUCCUCAUGCUGCUGCC